CGCAUGCGCGGCGCGCGCUCGGCGGAGCUGGGUCCUCCCGGCGGGUAAAGCUGCGCUUAAAUUUAGGGUCUGCGGACGCCCAAGAAGAACGAAUGCCUGAGGUCGGUCGGUGCUAGUUGGCUGUGACUGCCCAUCGCAACUUCAGCAGCGCCCCCGCAUCCGAGCAAGAUCACCGAGACCUGUAUUCUGUGUAGUUGGGAAAAAAUCAUUUACCGGAUCAAUCCUUCAUCUUUCCAUCUGGAAAGUAGAACUGUUUGUAUCUAUUGAGCUGUUCAUGAACUAGGCAGUAUUGUCAUAUGACGUUGAACAUGGCAGAAGAAGAAGAGGAUUACAUGUCAGAUGCCUUCAUUAAUGUUCAAGAGGACGUCAGACCAGGCGUGCCAAUGCUGAGGCAGACCCGCGAGGCCCGCCGGAAAGAGGAGAAGCAGCAGGAAGCCAAUCUGAAAAACAGACAGAAGAGUGUGAAAGAGGAAGAACGGGAAAGACGGGACACCGCGUUGAAGAAUGCGCUGGGCUCUGAAAACAAAGGGUUUGCUUUGCUCCAGAAGAUGGGGUACAAGAGUGGGCAGGCCCUGGGCAGGAGUGGAGAUGGUAUUGUUGAACCAAUUCCUCUCAAUAUCAAAACAGGAAAAAGUGGCUUAGGUCACGAGACAUUACUGAAACGGAAAGCCGAGGAGAGGCUGGAAAACUACAGGAGAAAAGUUCACAUGAUAAGCCAAAAUGAAAAAACGGCCGCCGAGCAGUUCCGGAUGCGAAUGAAGAGUAAGCAAGAAGAGAUGAGGCUCGAAGGAGACCUGCGAAGAAGCCAGCGAGCUUGCCAGCAGCUGGAUACCCAGAAGAACAUACAGGUUCCCAGGGAGGCAUGGUACUGGAUAAGACCUGAAGAGGAGACUGAAGAAGAGGAAGAGGAAGAACAGGAUGAAGAUGAAUACACCAGUGAAGAUUUGAGUGUGCUGGAGAAGCUGCAGAUACUCACCGGCUACUUACGAGAAGAACAUCUAUAUUGCAUUUGGUGUGGGACAGCCUACGAAGAUAAAGAAGACCUAUCCUCAAAUUGCCCAGGACCAACCUCUGCAGAUCAUGACUGAGCUUAUUCCCAAUAAAGUAAAAACAGUUUCUGCAGGUGCCGGGGAUUGAACUCAGAUCAUCGGGCUUGGUGGCAGGUGCAUUUACCUGCCAAGUCAUCUCACUGUCCCUAAAACUUGCUGUUUGAUUAAGUUGAGGGGAAUUUCAGGUACAAACAGUUGGAAAGACUGUGAGUGUCAGAGCAUGUUGUGAGCCGGUCUGUGUAGCUGAGCCUUAAUCUGGAAAUACCACGCACAGGAUUCAUGAUGGCAGCCUCUGGGGAGUGUAGCUACUGAAUCUCAUUUUAAGUUUCUGGUCUCAAAAACUGUCAUAAGUGUAUAUACUGUAAGUGACUGGCUCUGUGAUAAAAUAUUGCAAUUAUAGGAAAUUAAAAUAUACCACAACUAAGUUAACAUCAGUGGGGCUCUACAUAUUCUAGAAGCAUUUUUUGUCUCCCAGUACUAUUACGGUUUUCAUUAGAAUUGAAGCCAAUACUAGUGUAACUACAUCCAUCUAGCCAUGGGGAUGCCAUGAGCCACUUUCAGAGCAGAGGACGUGCUACAGACACACAGCUAGUUCCUCCAGCCAACAUUGAGAGAAAAGAAAGCACAGGAAAUAUGCUAUACAGGAAAAGGACGUGUCAACCAAAUGUAACCUUGGACCCUCCCAAUUUGAAACUACCUAUACAAAAGACAGUUUGGGGAUUGUAAAAGUGAUCCAGACUAAUUAUGUGAUAAUUACAUUUCUUAGUUUACCUGAUAUGUGGUUUUGUUAACAUUACAAGGAACUGUUACAAGUCAACUUUUAAAUAUUCACAACUGAAACACUACAAUGCCUGAGAUGCACUUUAAAAUUUCCUGCCAAAAAAAAAACACAAAAUGAAGGGAUAGGUCUAACAGCAAAGGUAAAAUAUUAUUUGUUAGAACCAUAUAAUGUCACUUACAGUCUCAUCACUCUCGUCUAUAUUGAAGUUAAAAAAUUAUGAGAAUUAAUAUUGAAUGAAAAUAUUUUCUUUUAUAUUAAAAGGUUAAGGUGCCAAAGAGCCUCACAUUAUAGUGAAUGUUCAGGUAGGGACUGGAUGUUGUGAGUCUGCAGAUGGUGACUUGGGAAAGCCGACAUUCAGGUUUCUCAUGUCGCGUGUAGAUAUGUACACAGUGUGCACUUAAUGGGCAUGCAGCCUGUACGGUUGCACUAGACCAUUCUCAGAAGUGUCCCACACUUAGCCACUUAAAAAGCACCUUAUAUUUCAUUUCAACCUAGGUCCCACAAAUCAUACAACCAGCCAUACACAUAUGUCUGUAUGUAUGUAAAUAUUAUGAGUACAUUUGAUAUAAAUUUAUGUUAAGUCUACAUGUCUCUAUGUAUGUGUGCAUUUGUUGUGUAUGUAUAUUUAAUAGAAAUGAUAUUUCGUCUAAGGUAAGAUUUCCUAGGUCUGUUUCUCAAAACUGUACCUGGAAUCAGCAAGUGAGUCCUACUUUGCUCCACUGUUGCUAUGAUUAAGAAGAUACUUUUAUUUCCUGGUUUUGGGAGACUGAGACAAUAUAUCCUCAGAAGUAAAUAAAAGAUGCUUGGGGCUAGAGAGAUGGCUCAGAGGUUAAGAGCACUGCCUGCUCUGCCA